UCCGAUUAUCAAAUGUAGCGAAUACCAAAUACCAAAUUACCUAUUAUUUUGUAAAACACAUUUUUGAAGUUUGAACCCCAAUUUUUUUUCUUAUCGUUAAUACUUAAUAUAACAUUACUUCUUUUUAAUUAUUUUGAUAAAUUACAAAGUUAAUCUACCGAUUAAUGUCGUUUAAAUUAUUUGACAAAUUACCAUUAAAAUUUAUAUAUACGAAUUGCCAGUUAUUUUAUUUCAGCAAUCCAAAUACAAUACUAAAACAAAUGGCUAAGAACAUCUCACAAUCUACUGCUACUGGUAAACAGAACAAAUUUAAAAUCAAAAGCAAGUCCAAAUUUCCACCGGGUAUAGUGAAAAUUCAAAUUCUUGGCAGUGGAGCAAAUGGUGCUCCAAGGUGCUUAUAUUUGUUUACAGAUCAUUCUAGGUACCUUUUUAACUGUGGAGAGGGUACACAAAGAUUGGCACAUGAACAUAAAAUGAAACUAUCAAAGUUGGAACAUGUGUUUAUCACACAUUCAAAUUGGUUAAAUAUUGGCGGUUUACCAGGAUUAGCUUUAACUGUUCAAGAUGUUGGUGUACCAAACAUAGAACUGCAUGGACCACAAGGAAUAGAAGAAUUAUUUGUUGCUACUAAAAGAUUUGUAGUAUUACGAGAUCUAAAAAUUACAGCUAGUAAAAGUGAUCCUUUUACGCCAUAUGAAGAUAAUGCAAUAGUUGUCCAUUAUGUGCCAUUGAUAUCAAACAAACGAUGUGACGAACUUCGAUCAAUGUCCGAAAACUCAAUUGAAAUAAAUAAUUCACAGGCUCAACAUGUUGAUGAUACUUUAGAAGAUGAUACUAAUUACUAUGACUAUGAAAAUAUACAACAAUCAGAUAAAAAAGAAAAAAAUAAACGUAAAAGAAGCAAUUCUGAACCUAGAACUGAUGAUAAAAAAUUUAUAACUGAUAGUACUUUGAGUAGAAUUAGUAAUAUUGCCAUGUCAUAUGUUUGUCGCCUUAAACCAAAACCAGGAGUUUUAGAUUUGGACAAAUGUGUUUAUCAUAAUGUUCCUCCUGGACCAUUAUUGGGAUUAUUAAAAUCUGGUAAAGAUAUAACCUUAUCUGAUGGAACCCUAGUUAAAUCAAGUGAUGUAACAUCUCCUGAUGAUCCAGGACCAGUUUUUAUUGUUGUUGAAUGUCCAAGUGAAGAUUAUAUUGACUCUUUAUUGAAUGAGUCAAUCUUUUCAAAACACCAACGUGGUGUUAUUAAUGAAGAUGAUAUUGCAUUUAUGGUUAUUCAUUUUACUCCACAGGAUGUGAGAAACGAUCCAAGAUAUAUAUCAUGGAUGAAAUUAUUUCCACCUGAAACAUUCCAUUUAUUGUUAAAUAAUGAAAAUAAAUGCCUGGGUAGUACUGCAAUACAUAGAAUACAGUAUAAGCUGAAUAUGUUAGAUGAAAAUAUUUAUCCAUUAUUAAAAGACAAUGGCAUUCCUAAUAUUAACCAACAAGAAAAAAUAAUCGACACAAAUUCUAUAACAAUAAAUGGACAAACCAAUUUAUCAUUUAAUUUGAGACCAUGCAAAUAUAUAGACAGGUCUAGCACCUUAAUUUUAGAUGUCGAUGAGUUUAUUGCAGAAACAUUUAAGGUUGAUGGAUUUAAAGAAAAAUUAGCUCAAGUAAAGCAGGACAUUUUAAAUGCUUCUCCUACAGAUACAAACAUUUAUCCUAAAAUUACAUUUCUUGGUACAGGCUCAUGUAUACCAAGUAAAACGAGAAAUACUAGUGGUAUUCUAAUGUACACUGGUGAGAACGAAUGUGUAUUGUUAGACUCUGGAGAAGGAACAUACGGACAAUUAGUACGACACUUUGGUGUAACUGGUGCUGAAACAGUAUUGAGAGACUUAAAAGCUAUUUAUGUAUCUCAUUUACACGCGGACCAUCAUAUUGGCUUAAUUGGAAUAUUAAGCGUACGUCAACAAAUGAAAGCAAAUGGACUGCUUAAACUGGAUCAGCCUGUAUAUUUAUUAGCACCUGUACAAAUUAUGACUUGGUUAAAUUUUUAUCAUAGAAGAUUUACAGCACUAAAUGAAGAAUUUCAAAUUGUGUCUAACUCAGAUUUGGAUUUUGAAUCGUCAACAAAGUUAAGAAUAAAAGAUUUAUUAAAACAGACUAAUAUGUCAGACAUAGAAACUACUUUAGUAAGACAUUGUCCUAAUGCAUUUGGUGUAUCAUUUACUCAUACAAAUGGUUGGAAAGUAACGUAUUCUGGUGAUACAAUGCCUUGUGAUUCAUUAGUCAAAUUAGGAAAGAAUAGUAAUCUUUUAAUACAUGAAGCUACAAUGGAAGAUCAGUUAGUGGUUGAAGCUAGACGGAAAAUGCAUUCAACUAUGUCUCAAGCUAUAAAUAUUGGCAAAAAAAUGAAUGCUAAAUUUACAAUACUCACACAUUUUAGUCAGCGUUAUGCAAAAAUUCCAUACAUGCCAAAUAAUGAUCUUCCAAGUAAUGUUGGAAUUGCUUUUGAUAAUAUGGAGAUUGCACCAAAUGUCUUACACAAAUUACCAUUAAUGUAUCCUGCACUCAAGAUGAUAUUUGCAGAACAUUUUGAAGAAAUGGAAGCAAAGUGUUUUAAACUGAAAUUAAAAGAAGAAAAAGCUAAAGCUCUGAAAUAAAACAAAUACAAAUAUUGUAUUGAAUAUACCUUU